AUGGAGAAGGGGCUGUGGCGGCUGGCCCAGUGGAAAAGUACCUCGACCAUGAUUCAUCAGGGCAAUGCUCCGUUGGUGCCAGGCCAUCACCCCGUCUGGGAGUGCAGACAGCUGACAGCUGAAAGUCACAUCAAGAAUGGAAUCAAUUUUCAGGGAAGAAAAGAUGGCAGCUGGCUUGGCAAGGGGAUAGCACCUUUGUCACCACGUCAUGUUUUUGUACUCUACGUGCUGCACCUACACCCAGGACCAACGGUAACUGAGGCGGAGGGGAAACGAGGGCCUGAGAUGGCAAGUGUGUCCUCCUCGGUGGUUCCUGUGUCCUUCAUUUCCAUGCGAGAGUCUGUCCUGGACACUGGAGUUGGUGGAGAAGGAGCCAGUGACAGGCAGAGGAGCUAACUGUCUUUAUCACACUCCAAGAUCCCAGCUGCUAAAAUCCACACCGAGCUCUACUUACCAGCCUUCUUCUCUCUUGCUGGAACCUCCUCUGUACUCGACCAGCAGCCUUAG